AUGGCCCCAACUACCAUGAAAGCAGUGAAUUAUGUGGGACCGCAUAAGGUCCAGGUCCAAGAGGUCGACAUGCCCAAGCUGGAACAUCCGGACGACAUCAUUGUCAAGGUCACGACGGCUGCUAUUUGCGGCUCUGACCUGCACAUGUAUGAAGGAAGAACUGCCGCAGAGCCAGGCAUCACAUUUGGUCACGAGAACAUGGGAAUUGUCGAGGAACUAGGCGAAGGGGUCACAUUGUUGAAGAAGGGCGAUCGCGUUGUCAUGCCAUUUAAUGUUGCGGAUGGUCGGUGCCGCAACUGUGAUGAAGGCAAAACGGCGUUCUGCACUGGUGUCAACCCCGGGUUUGCAGGCGGCGCUUAUGGUUAUGUGGCUAUGGGCCCGUAUCGCGGAGGCCAGGCUCAGUACAUUCGUGUUCCCUAUGCAGACUUUAAUGCUCUGCUGCUGCCGCCAGGCACGGAGCACGAAGCCGACUUUGUUCUUCUCGCCGAUAUCUUCCCGACAGGUAAGACCCCGACGGUCGCUUCCACACAGAGCCUUUGUAUUAACGAUGGACGAUCAGGUUGGCAUGGUGUCGAGAUAUCCGGCUUCAAGUCAGGAGAAAGCAUUGCUGUGUUCGGUGCUGGCCCCGUGGGUUUGAUGGCAGCUUAUUCAGCCCAAUUACGCGGAGCCUCUCGCGUGUUCGUUGUCGACCGUGUUCCUGAGAGAUUGGCUGUUGCAGAGAAAAUCGGCUGCACGCCAAUUGAUUUCACCAAGGGCGAUGCCGUGGACCAGAUCAUUCGGCUCAAUGGCGGAGAGGUCGACCGCUCCGUGGACGCUGUCGGUUACCAGGCUGUAGACACCAGCGGAUCGAAGGAGAAACCCAACAUUGUGCUUGAGAAUAUGAUCCGUGUCACGAGGGCCUGCGGAGGCAUGGGAAUUCCUGGACUCUACGUGCCAAGUGAUCCAGGUGCAUCUGAUGAAGUCGCCGCGAAGGGGGCGAUUAGUCUCAGUUUUGGAAAGCUUUUCGAGAAGGAAAGUGGUCUCUCUCUUGCCACCGGCCAGUGCAAUGUAAAAGCAUACAAUCGGUACCUCCGAGACUUGAUCAUCGCCGGCAAGGCAAAGCCCAGCUUUGUCGUCUCCCAUGAAAUUAGACUUGACCAUGCGGAAGUUGCGUACGAAAAGUUUGACAAAAGAGAGGACGGCUAUACAAAGGUGCUGAUCCAUCCAAACGGGGGAUUUGAAUCCACGACUGUGGGACAGGUCAGUUAA